AUGGAGGACUGGAGAAGAAUCGAUAUCGACGCGCUCGAGCCAGAAAACCAUCUUUCCAAAGAAGACUUGGUGCCUGACUUGCCUGCGGUGUCCUACGAAGAAGUGGCUGCUAUCUCUAAACAGGUGAAGCUGUCGUUGUCUCUGGGCCAGUUCGUGCCGGCAUUGCAAUUGGCCUUGGAUAACCCACCAUACGUUGCAGACGAGGCCACGAAGAACUUGCACGCCGAGACGGUUUUCGAGGUGCUUGUUUCGAUCAAGAAUAACAAGCAGGUGAAUGAGUUUAGUAACAUUGUCAAGCAGUUGAACUCUGACCAGCAGGAUAACUUGAUCAAGUACUUGUAUAAGAACAUGAACACGAGCUACGGUGCCAAGCAGGGUGGUUUGUUGUUGAACUGGUUUGAAAAGACCGUUGAUGUCACGGGCUUGGGCCCUGUGGUGCGUUUCUUCUGUGAUAGAAGAACCGUCUAG